UUCCCCCCUCCACCAUUGAUAGUCUUGACACUUUCCUUUGCUCUUUCUUUUAGUUGCUCACAUUCACACUAACCAAAUUUCGCCAAAUUCAUUCGAAAAAGGAAUAUUUGUUUCCUCUUCUCGUUGGGAAUACAGGGCUUUUCCUAUUGUAGCAACACCUGUCCCCUUAACACUGCAACAAGUUCCCAACCUCUUAUGUUAUAUAUACCCAAACCCCCUUCAAUCCUCACUCAAGAGUAGUACAGCAUAAGCACGAGUUGAUCCAUUCUAUCUCAUUAAAAAAGUAGUCUUUGACAACUCUCCAGUGAGAAGAGAAGAAAUAAGAGAAUAGGAGGAGGAAGAUAGACACAGAAGAGGCUAUGUGUAACCCAAACCCAUCAUAUCCUACCUCAUUCAUCUCUCCUAAGAAAACCCAUUUCCUAAGUACCAACAAAACUGUAGAUCCUCCCAUUAAUGAAGAAGAACUCCAUAGAUGGCCAACUCCUUCUGAGGCAAUAGAGGAAAUCAAGGCUAUAGGGAAGAUAUCAGGACCAACAGUUCUCACGGGUCUACUGUUAUACUCAAGAGCAAUGAUCUCUAUGCUCUUCCUGGGUCACCUCGGAGAGCUGGAGCUAGCAGGUGGGUCUCUCUCCAUAGGCUUCGCCAACAUCACUGGCUACUCUGUCAUCUCUGGUCUCGCCAUGGGAAUGGAACCCAUUUGUGGUCAAGCAUAUGGUGCGAAGCAAUGGAAGCUCUUAGGCUUAACCCUUCAGAGAACAGUACUUCUUCUCUUAACAGCCUCAGUCCCCAUAUCCUUCAUGUGGCUCAACAUGAAACGAAUCCUCUUGUGGUGCAGCCAAGAUGAAGCCAUCUCAUCUGUGGCCCACCUCUUCAUAGUCUUCUCUAUCCCUGACCUCUUCUUCCUCUCUCUCCUCCACCCUCUCAGAAUCUAUCUAAGGACACAGAGCAUAACCUUACCCCUCGCCUACUGCUCCGCCAUCUCUGUUCUCCUCCACGUGCCUUUAAAUUUCCUCCUAGUGGUGCGCCUCAAGAUGGGCAUAACAGGCGUAGCCAUAGCCAUGGUAUGGACCAAUCUCAACCAGUUUGUUCUAUUGUCAGCCUUCGUCUUCUUCUCCGGCGUGUACAGGGACUCAUGGGUGGCGCCUAGCAUGGAUUGCCUUCGAGGGUGGUCGACGCUGCUGAGCCUGGCUGUACCUACUUGCAUCUCAGUGUGCCUAGAGUGGUGGUGGUACGAGCUCAUGAUAAUGCUAUGUGGGCUUCUCGUCAAUCCUAAGGCCACCAUUGCUUCCAUGGGGAUUCUAAUCCAGACCACCUCAUUGGUCUACGUCUUCCCCUCAGCUCUCAGCUUGGGUGUGUCCACCCGGGUCGGGAACGAGCUGGGUGCGAACCGGUCGGCGAAGGCCCGGAUCGCUAUGAUCGUGUCGUUGGUGUGGGCUGUAGGUUUAGGCCUUGCGGCCAUGGUAUUCACUACUUUGAUGAGGCAUAAGUGGGGAAGGUUCUUCACCAAUGACCCUGAGAUUUUAGAGCUCACAGCAAUGGCGUUGCCCAUAGCUGGCCUGUGUGAGUUGGGGAAUUGUCCACAGACGACUGGGUGUGGGGUACUGAGAGGAAGUGCAAGGCCCACCACGGGAGCUAAUAUCAACUUGGGUUCUUUCUACUUGGUGGGUAUGCCUGUGGCUAUCUUCAUGGGUUUUGGGGCUAAAAUGGGUUUUCCGGGUCUGUGGAUCGGGUUGCUUGCAGCUCAGGCUACAUGUGCUAUACUCAUGGUGUACGUGUUGGCUACCACAGAUUGGGUGGUGCAAGUGGAGAGAGCUAGGCAACUCACUCAAGCUUCGUUGCCAUCUUCUUCCUGCAUCGAUAAGGAAGUUAAGAAGUUAGUUAAUUUGGAGCAUAUUUUGUGCAUUAAUGAUGGAUUAGUGAAGUCAGGUUUGGUGGAGACACGGACAGAUUCAGAGGCAGAGACAGAAACUGAUACAGAUCCUCUCAUAUCUACAACUGUGAGUUAGAAGAAAAAGGGUGUAUGUAAUGUUCGAGGCUCCCUCCACUGUCAGUAUGAAGAGAGUCAUAAUGUAUGUUGUAUUAUCCAUAUUUUGUGGAGAUAUUUUAUUCUCACUCGAAUCUGUAAUCACUAGGUCACAAUAGAACAAUCAUACCAUUGCUGAGGUAA